UUAUAAAGAGGGGAGGAGGGCCACCUGCUGGUCAGAACUCCCCAGAUUUCAAACCUAACGUUCUCCCUAUUCUUCUAUGUGUUUUGAUUGUUCCCCACAAGCCCAUCUCUCUGUGUCUCUCUCUCUCUGUCUCUCUCUCUCCUGGCUAGCGAAAUUCUGUCACAGAGCCGGAAAGAUUUAUUUUUGGAUUGGGUUGAUUUAGCGCAGUGCUGCACUAAGGGAGGCACAUAAAUUUUGUGAUGGCGAGAAGCAGCAACAAGAAUAUUCAGGCCAAGCUGGUGAGUCCUUCUAGGUGACAUGGGAACUGGGAAAACAAGUUUGGUGCUUAGAUUUGUCAAGGGGCAGUUUUUUGAUUAUCAGGAAUCAACAAUUGGAGCAGCUUUCUUCUCUCAAAUACUCUCUCUAAAUGAAGCCACUGUCAAGUUUGAUAUAUGGGAUACAGCUGGUCAAGAAAGAUACCAUAGCUUAGCACCGAUGUAUUAUCGAGGUGCAGCUGCAGCUGUUGUUGUCUAUGAUAUUACAAGCGUGGACUCAUUUGUUCGUGCUAAAAAAUGGGUUCAAGAAUUGCAGAGACAAGGUAACCCCAAUCUGGUUAUGAUGUUAGUGGCAAAUAAAGCAGACCUGGAAACCAAAAGAAAGGUGCCUAGUGAGGAUGGUGAAGCAUAUGCGCAAGAAAAUGGAAUGUUUUUCAUUGAAACUUCUGCAAAGACUGCACAGAACGUAAAUGAGCUAUUUUAUGAGAUUGCAAAGCGCCUGGCGAAGGCUUCUCCUGUGAAACCUGGUGGAAUGAAGUUGCACAAUCAACCACAAGAAGGGAGGAGACGACUGUUCUGCUGCUCUGCAUGAUUUAUCGACUUUCAUGUAACUUUUUGGCAUCCUUCUGUCGAAUGACACAUGAAAGUGGCAUAGCUUCCACAAUUAUUCCUCAUUCGGGGCCAGGUCUGUGGGCAUUGUUGGCCGGUAGUCCUUUGUGAUGGAUGGGUCAUGGGAUGCAUUUGGCUCCUUGAUGGGCGGUCACUUUGAUAUCUUGUACAUAUCUGCUUGUCCUUCAUUCAUAUCAUAUGCUAUUUAUUUUCAAAUAGGCUUA